AUGAUAGAUAUGACUUCCUUUCUCCUUUCUCCUUUCUCCAAAUCAACUCCAAGGAAAGAGAAGCCUCCAGACUGGAAGAGAGUCGUUCGCAGUUCUAGGGACAGCUCCAUUAUCACCCAGUGUGAUUUUGAGGAUGAUUCGAAACCCCUCUGCGAUUGGACCCAAGAGUCCACAGAUGACGGGGACUGGACUCGCGUCAGUGGGCCCUCUCCCAAUGGUAGCACCGGACCCCCCGGCGGGUACCCUAAUGGAGAGGGCUACUAUCUCAACAUGGAUUCUAGCGCCUUCCAACCGGGUGGAGUCGCCAGACUGCGCAGCGGCCCCAUAUGGGAGAAAGGUCCCCUCUGUGUGCAUUUCGUCUAUCACAUGUUUGGGUUGUCAUGGGGCGCCCAGCUCAAACUGCUGUUGCUCAUGGGCCCCAAGAGCACCCUGCUCUGGAAACACCUCAACACCCAAAGCCCCUCCUGGAUGCCCACUGCUGUCACUGUGCCCAAGGGGCACAUCCUGCCCAGCCGGCUGGUAUUUGAAGGAGUGAGAGGCCACACUGCGUACCUGGACAUUGCCCUGGACUCCAUCUCUAUCCACCGGGGCUCCUGCCAUCAGCUCUGCACAAUGCAAGCAUGUAACUUUGACACCCCAAAUGAUCUCUGUGGCUGGAGCUGGGUUCCGACGGCCUCUGGGGCCAAAUGGAUCCAAAAGAACGGGUCUUCAGGGGUGCCGAAUGUGGGGCCCCAGGAUGACUUCUCUAGCCCCGGGAAUGGCUUCUACAUGCUCCUGGACCCCAAGAAUGCAAAACCAAACCAGAAGUCUGUCCUCCUGAGCCCCCUGAGUCAGUCCUCUGGCUGCCUGAGCCUGUCCUUCCACUACGUCCUCCGUGGCCAGUCUCCUGGUGGCGCACUCAUCAUCUACGCUUCAGUCUUAGGCAAUAUCCGGAAACACACACUCUUCUCAGGGCAACCUGCACCCAACUGGCAGCCUGUUUCUGUCAAUUACACAGGCCAGGGGCAGAUUCAGUUUACCAUGGUGGGCGUGUUCGGAGAGACUCCGGAGCCUGCCGUGGCAGUGGAUGCAGUCAGCAUUGCUCCCUGUGGGGAGAGCUUUCCUCAGUGCGACUUUGAAGAUGAUGCCCAUCCCUUCUGUGACUGGACCCAGACACUGGGUCACGGCGGACAGUGGGUGCGGAGAAGUAAAAAUAUGCUCACCCAGGGCAUAGGAACCAUUGGAGUUCCCCUGAACACAGUGGGUCACUUUAUCUACCUGGAGGCUGAUAAGUCCUCCCAGGCAGGCCAGUCUUUCAGACUGGUGAGCCGGCCCUUCUGUGCUCCGGACACACUCUGCGUGGAGCUUACCUACCACAUGUACGGCUUUGGAAGUGGCAGUGGUCUGAAACUGCUGCUGGACGGUCCUGCGGGCAGUUCUCCCACUUCUCUCUGGCACCGGAUUGGUUCUCAGAGCCAUGACUGGCUAAACACCUCCAUCACCAUCCCUGAGGGACAUCAACAGCCCAUGCAGCUGGUACUUGAGGCCACAAGGGGUUCCAACACUGCCUUCGUCAUUGCUGUGGGCUUCAUCUUGGUCAAUAACGGGGCCUGUCGAGGGCCUAUGCCAGCAGAACUUCCUUCCCAAUCUCCAGUUUCCAUUCCAGGCCCUUCUGAAAUCCCUAAACCCACCUUCAAAGAGAAACCCACUAUCUUCACAGAGAAACCCACCAUCCCCACAGAGAAACUCUCUGUUUCCACAGAGAAACCCACUGUCCCCACAGAGAAACCCAUUGUCCCCUCAGAGAAACCCACCUCCACAAAAAAACCCACCAUCCACACAGAGAAACCCAUCUCCACAGAGAAACCCACCAUCCCCACAGAGAAACUCACUGUCCUUACAGAGAAACCCACUGUCCCCACAGAGAAACCCACUGCCUCCACAGAAAAACCCACCUCCACAAAAAAGCCCACCAUCCCCACAGAGAAACCCACCUCCACAGAGAAACUCACCACCCCCACAGAGACACCCACUGUCCCCACAGAAAAACCCACCAUCUCCACAGAGAAACCCACCUCUACAAAAAAACCCACCAUCCGCACAGAGAAAACCAUCUUCACAGAGAAACCCACCAUCCCCACAGAGAAACUCACUGUCCUUACAGAGAAACCCACUGUCCCCACAGAGAAACCCACUGGGACUACAACCUUGGUGACACCUUCUAAAGCUCCAAGUACCUCCCUGACCACUGUGAUGCUGGCCACCACAACACCUAGAUCCACUCCAGUGAGCUGCCCUUCAAAUGCCCACUAUGAACACUGUGCCUGCCCAGCGUCCUGCAACAACCCCAAGCCCAAAUGUUGGCAUCGUUGCCAGCCAGGCUGUGUCUGUAAUUCCGGCUUUUUGUUUAGUAACUCCACCUGCGUCAAGGCCUCUUCCUGCUAUUGCUUCUACAACAACCAUUACUAUAAGGUUGGAGAAAUGUGGUACAGCCCCAACUGUGCAGAACACUGCCGCUGCUUACCUGGCAGUCAGAAGGAGUGCCGGGUCUCUCAGUGCAGAAAACACACAGCGUGCCAGAAGAAGAAUGGCCAGUAUGGAUGCCAUCCCUAUGGCUCUGCCACCUGCUUUGUCUACGGAGACCCUCACUAUCUCACCUUUGACGGGAGACCCUUCAGCUUCAUGGGCAAGUGCACCUACAUCUUGGCCCAACCCUGUGGCAGCUCAACAGAGCCAUUCUUCAGGGUGACGGCAAAGAAUGAGGAGAGAGUACAGGAAGGCAUGUCCUGCCUGAAAGCAGUCUACGUGACCGUGCAAGAGACCACCAUCACCUUGCUCAAGGGCAGACGCACCCUGGUUGAGGGUCAGCAAGCCACCCUCCCAAUUCUGCUUAAGAGGGGCAUCUAUCUGACAGUAAGUGGGCGAUUUGUGGAGCUGCAGGCUACAUUUGGUUUGCGGAUCAGAUGGGAUGGUGACCAGCAGCUGUUUAUCACUGUGCCCAGCACCUAUUCUAGCAAACUCUGUGGCUUCUGUGGAAACUAUGAUGGCGACAGCCGCAAUGACAACCGGAAGCCAGAUGGCACUCCAGCCCAAGACCAGGAGGAGCUGGGGAACAGCUGGCAGAUAGUGGACAAUGAGGACAAAGAGUGCCAGAGGAACCAGGAAACCACCCCAUCUUGUGACUCAAGCUUGCUAAACAGUUUGUCGGGGCCCGAGUUCUGCGGACAGCUUGUGGCAGCCCACGGAGCCUUUGAGGCAUGCCUGCCUCACAUCAUGACCUUCCCCUUCUUCGAUAACUGCAUGUUUGACAUGUGUAACUUCCAGGGACUGCAGCAGAUGCUGUGCUCCCACUUGUCAGCCUUGACAGAAACCUGCCAGGAAGCUGGUUAUACAGUGAAGCCCUGGAGGGGACCCCUGUUCUGCCCUCUGACCUGCCCACCCAACAGCAAGUACACUCUAUGUGCCAGUCUGUGCCCCAACACCUGCCGCCCCAAAUUCAGUGGCAUGUCCUGCCAGCAGCGGUGCGUGGAAGGUUGCGAGUGCAAUCCAGGCUACGUCCUCAGUGGGUUGGAGUGUGUCCCCCGGAGCCAGUGUGGGUGCCUUCACCCCACAGAUGGCUACUUUAAGGCAGGGGAGAAGUGGUACAAGCCAGGCUGCAGAUAUCUCUGUGUCUGUGAGAAGAACUUCAAUAUUCGCUGCCUGCCCUGGAAGUGCCAGGCCCAGGAAGUCUGCAGUCGGCAGAAUGGCAUCUAUGGCUGCCACGCCCAAAGCAGCGCCACCUGCACCAUCUCAGGGGACCCCCACUACCUGACAUUCGACGGAGCCCCGUUCCACUUCAUGGGAACCUGCACCUACACCCUAACCCGGCCUUGCCAGACCAUUCCUCUAGAGAACGACUUCAUCGUGUUCGCCACUAACGAGUUCCGUGGAGGAAACCCUGAGGUCACCUACGUCCAAGCUGUCCACGUCCAUGUCUUCAAUCUCAAGAUCUCUCUGCUCAAAGGUCACAAGGUUAUGCUGAACGGUGUCCGGGUGACCUUGCCAGUGUGGCCUGCCCAAGGUCGACUGGUCAUCAGGCCCAGUGGUUCCUUUAUUCUUCUCCACGCGGACUUUGGGCUUCAAGUUCGCUAUGAUGGCGACCACCUGGUGGAAGUGACAGUGUCCUCCUCCUACGCCGGCCGGCUCUGCGGGCUGUGUGGGAACUAUAACAACAACAGUUUGGAUGACAACCUGCAACCUGACAAGAAGCCAGCCAAUAGCGCCAUCACCCUGGGGGCAGCCUGGAAGUCAAAAGAUUUAUCUGAAAAUUACUGCUACACGACAGGUAUCAAUAUCCAGCCCCCCAAAUGCCUGAAGAAGGAAGAAACAGACCCCUGGAAUAAGAACUGUGAUAUCUUAAUGAACCCUAGGGGACCCUUCUCCCAGUGUCACCGGGCGGUGUCCCCGAAAGCCAGCCUUUCCAAUUGCAAGUAUGACCAGUGUAGGAGUCAGGGCAGCACCCAGGCCUUGUGCCGCUCCCUGCAGACCUACGCAGCCCAGUGUGCCCUUGCAGGCCACCCCCCUGCCUGGCGGAAUAGCACCUUCUGCUCUCUGAGAUGCCCAUCCGGCAGCACAUACAGGCCCUGUGCCAGCCCUUGCCCAGCCACUUGCCUCAGCCUAAAUGCCCCAAGAGAUUGCCCGGCAGCACUGCCCUGUGCCGAGGGCUGCGAAUGCCAGAAGGGUCACGUCCUGAGUGGAACAUCCUGUGUGCCCCUCAGCCAGUGUGGCUGUACAGACCAGUGGGGCUCCUACCACCCGGUCGGGGAGAACUGGUACACAGACAGAACCUGCUCCAGGCUCUGCACCUGCUCCACCUAUAACAACAUCUCCUGCCAGCGAUCUUCCUGCAAGCAUCAGCACCUGUGCUGGCCCAUGGAGGGGCGCAUACGCUGCCUGAAGACAGGCUCAGUAACGUGCUCUCUCUCCGAUGAACCCUAUUAUGUGAGCUUCGAUGGGAGUCAUCAUGGCCUCGGGGGCAACUGCACUUACACCCUGGUGAAAACGUGCCACUUCCACCAGCGCAUGACCUUCUUCAAGAUCACUAGCAGGAAUGGGAAGUCUGACAGGCCUGCCGCCCCUUUUUCCCCUAGCCAGGUUGAUAUGUACAUCUACCACACCUGGAUCACCCUGAAGAGGGCACACCACGUGCUGAUCAAUGGCACACAGGUCAAACUUCCUGUGCACAACCGGAUCCCAAAUGUUGAUAUCUCAGCCAAUGGCAACUACACUGUGAUCAACACUGUCUUGGGCAUUAAAGUCGAGUUUGACGGCCGUCACUUACAAGUGGUCAUCCCUACUAACUAUCAUAAUCAUGUCUGCGGCUUGUGUGGGAACUUCAAUGCAGAGGAAGAGGAUGAACUAAUGAUGUCCAAUGAUGAGCUAGCCCUUAACGACACGGAGUUUGUGGACAGCUGGCUAGAUGAGGAGACUGACCAAAAUUGCCAACAAAGGAAGAACCAAGCAGAAGAAAAGGAGAAGCCGGAGAUAAACUGCAGGCAGGCCGACCUAUCAAGGGUCCAGAAACAAUGCCAAGCAGCCCUCCAGGCUCCAGCCUGGGCUAACUGUGCCACCCGUGUGGGCCUUGAGCCCUUCCUGCUUGGCUGUACCCACCACCUCUGUGAGUUUGGAGGCCUCCAUCAUGCCCUGUGUGAGUUUCUGAAAGGCUUUGAGGCUGCCUGCCAGGCCCAGGGGCUCAAACCCCCAAUCUGGAGAAACAGCAGCUUCUGUCCACUGGAUUGCCCGACUCACAGCAGCUACACCACCUGCUUGCCCUCCUGCUUACCUUCCUGCUGGGAUCCGGAAGGCCAGUGCAAUGGCGUACAAACUGCACGCACCUGCCAGGAGGGCUGCCUUUGUCGGCCUGGUUUUGUGCUCAGUGAGAAGCAGUGUGUGUCCCGGAGCCAGUGUGGCUGCAAGGACGCCCGGCUCGGCUCCAUCGCUGCAGGGAAGACAUGGCUCACCAGCCGCUGCACUCAGAGCUGUGUCUGCACAGCAGGAGCCAUCCAGUGCCAGCCCUUCACCUGCCCCGCUGGGUCCCACUGCCAGGCCAAAACCGCUGGCAGGGAAACCUGUGAACCAUAUGAGUCAGCACAAUGCUCUGUUUUUGGGGACCCCCAUUACUUCACAUUUGAUGGCUUCAGCUACCGCUUCCAGGGCCGCAUGACCUACACACUGGUAAAGACCGUGGAUGUACUGCCAGAGGGGCUUGAGCCCCUGGUUGUGGAGGGCCGCAACAAGGUGAACCUGCCCUGGACUCCGGUAUUACUACAUGAAGUGACUGUGAAAAUCUACGGCUACAUCAUCCAGUUGCAAGCCAAACUGCAGCUUGUGGUCAACAACCAGAGGGUGGGCAUCCCCUACAAACCCAGCAAGCAUCUUGGCGUCAUCGUGCGGGGUCACCGCCUCUACCUGACCACCGACUUUGAGCUGGCUGUCAGCUUCGAUGGAAUGAACAAUGCAGUCAUCUCCUUGCCCGGCACGUACGAGGGGCUGGUGCGCGGCCUGUGUGGGAACUUUGACAAGAAUAUGACAAACGAGUUUAUAAUGCCCAAUGGCGCCCUCACCCAGAACAUCAACAUCUUUGGCAACAGUUGGGAAGUAAAGAAGAACCAGAAAGAACUUGCCCGCUUCUCCAGGGCCAUAAGGGAAGAGGAGAAGGAGAAGGCAGAGGAGUCCGGGUACCUUGCGUCGGGAUGCAGCGUGGAGCAGCUGGCACUCAUCAACAGAACCCAGGGGUGUAGAGUGCUGGUGGAUCCCCAAGGCCCCUUUGCUGCCUGUCACCAGAAGGUGCCCCCUGAGCCCUUCCAAGAGCACUGUAUAUUUGAUCUGUGUUCCACCUGGGACCCCAGAGAACGGCAGGAGCUCAGCUGCCAGGUCCUCAGUGGAUAUGCCAUCAUCUGCCAGGAGGCUGGCAUCACCCUGGCCAGCUGGCGGGACCAUAUGCAUUGCGCCUUGGCAUGUCCAGCCAACACUGUCUAUCAGAGCUGUAUGACACCCUGCCCAGCCUCCUGUGCUAACCUGGUGGCCCCCGGGGGCUGCCAGGGCCCCUGCGUGGAAGGGUGUGCCAGUCUCCCCGGCUACAUCUACAGCGGCGUUCAGAGCCUCCCCCGGGCCCGCUGUGGCUGCACCAACAACGGCAUUUACUACCAGCAAGGUGACAGCUUUGUGACUGAGGAUUGCUCUCAGCGCUGCACCUGUGUCAGCUCGGAGGUCCUGCUGUGCGAGCCCCUCAGCUGCAACGUCGGGGAGAUUUGUACCCUAGGGAACCUCACUCGUGGCUGCUUCCGAGAAAGCCCAUGUCUAGAGAACCCGUGUCAGAAUGAUGGGCAGUGUCGGGAGCAGGGAGAUCACUUUAUCUGUGAGUGUGAACUUGGUUAUGGGGGAGACCUUUGCAUGGAGCCUCGGGACCUGCCACCCACUGCAAACCCAGAAAGGUCCAGCUUGGUAACUGUCCUGCUGGGGAUGCUGGUGCCAGCAGUAGUCAUGGUGUUGGCAGUGGUCAGAGAAUGCGACAAGAGGCUGAGGAGGGUCCCUAGGGAGAAGAUGAAGAGCAAGAAUAGAAACAGGCUGGUAGACUCAGCUAAGGUCGGGUACCGGGGACUCCAGAAGAGGGCAGUAAAGGCGUUCGGGGACAGGGAUGAGAUCAAGGUUCAGAAGUGCCGAAGAGGCAAGAGUCUUGGAAGGGGCUCCUGCAUUGGCCCCAACUUGACAACAGGGGGCAACCAAGCUGCACAAACAAAGCUGGCCCAGCCCAGCCCCGGUGGAUGCCCCAGAGGGCUGGUGGAGCACGGAAAACUGAAGAUGGCAAAAAGAGCCACCAAGGCAGACUCCCCCAUCGCCUCUAAACCAGUCCCAGCUGUCAACAUCUGGUCCACAUCUGUCUUCUUCUGGACUGGACCCCCAGCCCAGCUGAUCCGCCUCCCUCUUUCAGGGGACUAUAAGGCAGUGUUGUGA